GUUUGUUUUAUUAAUAUUUAUUCAAUUCUUACUCUACUACUAUUAUUUCUUUUUUUCUUUUCGUUGUAGUGUUAAGAUUGAUCCCUUUCCCUUCCUUUUCCCUUUCUUUUUCCCAUAGUAUGUAUUAAUUGUAAUACUACUUCCAUUUGUAUUCUGUCCUUCAAGCAUCUUAUUUAUUUAAUUUUUACUUAUUAUUCUACCAUCAUGUUUAAAAACCUACAACACAAACAAAGCAAUCCUUCUUUUCAAUUCGUUACUCCUAAUUCAAGAACCAUUCCGACUACUCCAUCAAAGGAUACCUAUCAAACUAUUCCAAUGGGUAAUCAACCCCGCUCUCAAUAUAAGCAACCUUCUACUAGGAUAUCCUCUUUACCUUAUGAUUCUCUUUAUGAUACUUAUGGUGAUGGACGUGAAUCUCUUAUUGAUCCUAAAAAAGAUGUCUCUCCACCUUCUGGUACUUCUCGUCAAACAUAUAUUGAACCCAAUAAAUCGACCAUGGUACAAACUUCUGUCACUCCUAUAAGUAUGUAUCAAGGUUCUUCCUCUUUUGGCAAUAUGGACUUCUUUCAAAGUACAAGUGAUAUGGCAUCCAUGGCUGAAUCAGAUGCUCAAAUCAAACGACCCCCUACCAUUAUUCAACCUAGAGUACAACAUGUGGAAAUGCCUGUCAAGAUUGAACAAGUAAAUGCUCCAUAUGCUCAAGCUUCUCAUGCUAUCAUCGAAAAAGCUUCAAAUCAUGAUCAUUUUUAUCGACAACGCGAUGAUUAUAAUGAUUUUAUCUUACAGCCUGUACCUUCACGAUCUACUCACAGUACAUCAAGUUCAACAAGCUCUCAAAGUAAAUCAUCAAGACAUCCUCAACCAUUACCUCCUCUUGUUAUUCCACCUACACCGAAUCGAUCAGUAUCUUCACCAAAUAAAGUGAAUAAUGAACAUAUCUCUCCUCUUCAACGAUCACCAUUACCUUCCCAAUUGACGCCAUCAUUGACUCCUGGUUCUUACGGUUAUUCUCCAAUGACUGUUUCUCCUGGUACCCCUUCAUCGACAAAACAAUAUCUCCAAACGUCCAUGUCUCCAUCUGCACAUGAAUAUCAACAAAAGCAACAUUAUCCAGUUUCACCAGGAAGACAACCAUCCACUCCUGUUUAUCAACAACAGCAGCAACCUUAUCCAUCAACUCCUCGUCAACAACAACAACAACAACAACAACAAGCAAGUAUUGGACAAAGGAAAAAGGAGGCACCAACAUCAGAAGGUGAGGCAUUGUUAUUGGAAGGUAUCAAGUAUCAUGAAUCUGGUAAGUUGGAACAAGCAACCUAUUAUUUUCAAAAAGCAGCACAAUUGCAAUUACCUAUGGCGAUGUUCUUUUACGGUGUUUCUUUGAGACAUGGCUGGGGAUGUCAAAAGAACGAACAAGUAGCAUUCCAAUAUAUUCAAAAGGCGGCAGAGCAUGCAGUACUAGAUCUCAACAGUUUAUCCAAAACAGUCAAUACAUCAGUAUCCAAAGGUGAAUUAAUCAUGGCCAUUUAUGAAAUGGGUGUAUCUUUCCGUCAUGGUUGGGGCUGUCGAAAGAAUAAAGAAACGGCUGUUUACUUUUUCAAGAUUGCCGCGGAUUUAGGUGAUGCAGAUGCUCAAAAUGAUUUGGGACAUUGUUAUUACAAUGGUCAAGGUGUCAAGAAGGAUGUGGCUCUUGCUGCAAAGUAUUAUCGCAAAGCUGAUAAACAAGGUCAUGGUAUCAUGGGUAAUUCUUGGAUUUGGAAAAAGAAAUAUGAUCCAAAAUAGAUUUGUAGUUUGGUAUGAUUUAGUUAUUCUUCUUUUUUAAUAAAUAAUAAAGAUACCUUUUUUUUUAUUUAUUUA